UACCGUGUGGUGUCUUAUACGCCUAUCAUGGAGUCCAUCCCAACAAAAGGCCGCGUUAUCAAGAUCUUGGGGCGCAUUGGGGCUCGUGGUUAUCAAACUGAAGUCCGCGUGCAGCUACUGUCUUAUCCACGCAUUCAAUUUCUGCAAAAAGUUAAGGGUCCAGUCCACCUGGGGGAUGUCGUCAAUGUGGAGGACAGUAAGCUGGAGCAUAUCUCGUGGCAGUCAUAGAUUUCCAGUCCCUUAGAUUACAAAUGCGUCAUAGAAGCAAUUUUGAAGAGAGCUUUCAGCAGAGAGGACCACACGCUUCAAUGGAAAUCCGCAAAUUCACCUAAAACUUUGUUUAAUUACAAAAAUUUGUUUAUAAUUGGCCAAAAAUUCCACAAUAAAAUAGUGACAGAACUAAUAAAAGAACGAAACUAAA